AUGGAUAUUGAAAAAUGCAAAUGUUAUUACGAAAUAUUAAAGGUUGAAAAGACAGCUAGUGCUGAGGAAAUAAAAAAGAGUUACAAAAAAAUAAUUCUGCAAUAUCAUCCAGAUAAGAAUUCACAUUUAUCAGAGGAUGAACAAAAGAGAUGCACUAACAUAUUUCGACAAAUUCAAGAAGCAUAUGAAUGUUUAAUUGAUGAAAGGAGAAGGAAAUGGUAUGAUAAAAAUCGUGUGAAAAUAAUUGAAGGGAAAGAAAAGGAAGAAAAAAAAAACAAGAAAAAAAAAAAAGAAAACAAAACAAACCAAGAAAGCACAGAUGGAGAAGAUAACAGCGAAAGUAGUAGUAACACAGAUGGAAUAAAUAUUUGGGAAUAUUUCAGCAACAAUUGUUAUGAAGGAUUUGAUGAUAAUAAUGAGAAAAGUUUUUAUAAUGUUUAUAAAAAAUUAUUUGAAGAAAUAACAAAAGAAGAAAAUGAUGAAUUGAAUAGACAUUAUGGUAAAAAUGGAAAAGAGAAAAUUAUAACCCCAUCAUUUGGUAAUUCCAAAUCGUGUGGUAAAGAGAUUGAUGAAUUUUAUGAAUACUGGUCUAAUUUUUCAACGAUUAAAAAAUUUGAUUAUUCAUAUGAAUAUUUAAAGACUUUUGAACAAGAAAAUAGGCAUGUUAGAAGAAAUUUAAAAAAAAUUGCAGAAAAAAGAAGUUUAAAAGAGAAAAAAGAAUAUAAUGAAAAUAUAAGAUCUCUUAUUCAGUAUUUGAAGAGACAUGACACUAGGUACUUAAACCGGGUAGUAGAAAUUUCAGAACAGAAAAGGAAAAAAAUCCAAGAGAAAGAAAAGCAAAAAAGGGAACAAAUGCUUCGGAGGAAGUUACUUUUUUAUCAAAAUGAGGUGAAACGUGAGCACACAGAUCAGGACCAGGGAGAAGUAGAACAAGAAGGAGAAGAAGCAGAAGAAGCAGAAGAAGGAGGAGAAGCAGAAGAAGGAGAAGAAGCAGAACUAGAAGGAGAAGCAAACCAAUCAAGUGCAGAUUCUUGCUCAAGAAAAAUGGAAAAUAAGAAAAGUAAUACCCACAAUCAAUCAGACAUCCUAAAGGGGAACGAUUUAGAUGGUAAACAGUACAAACAUAAAAGCAGUAAUCAAACGAAAGAAAAUCAGUUUGACAAAAAAAAUGAUAAAGCUUAUUAUGAAUACCAUCAGGAGGUGAUAAAUGAUAACUCUUAUGGGGAAAUCAUCUACAGAUGUGAAGUAUGCAGAAAAAAUUUCAAAAGCAUGAAACAGUAUAAUUCUCAUGAAAAGAGUAAAAAGCAUAAGAACAAUUUUUUAAAGCAUGCCAAGAGGUAUGCAACGGGGGAUAUUUUUGGAGCAAACCUUGGGAAUCCCCGUGUUCAUUCGAAAGAAAGUUCAAUCGGGGAAGUGUCAGAUGAAAUGGAGGAUGAAGGGAAGGAUUCAAACAAUUUGGAAAUGGGCAAAACAGACGAUGAUCCCAAAAAAGAAGUGAAGAAAAGUUCGAAGAAGGAGAAAGGGGGAAAGGUAGGUGGAAUUAAUUCAGGAGAGAGUGGAAACAGCAGCUCCGAGUCUUCACAUCUGGAUGAAGAUAUAUUAUCAUGGUAUAGAGGAAAGAGGAGGAAUCGAAAUAAAUUCGUAUAUGCAGAAAUGGAAGCGACGAGAGAAGAGACCGGAGAAGGGACAGGAGAAGAGGAUGUGUCAGAUGUGAAGCACCAGUUGGAUGAAGCUAAUCCCCAGCAGAAGGAGGUAAACAUUACUGACUCAAGCGACGAUUAUGAAUCCUUUAAGAGAAAAAAGAAAUUGUUAAAAAAGAAAAAGAAAAAAGAGGUAAUUAACAGGAAGGAAAACGAAAUAAAAAACAUAUCGGAGCAAAAAGAAGACAAUAAAGACAUAAGAGGAAAUGGUAAUUCAAACUGUAAAAUGAAAGAAAGUGCAAAAAGUUUGGUAUGCAAAAUGUGUAAACAGACCUUUUAUUCGAGAAAUAAAUUAUUUGCACACAUACAAAAAGAAGGACAUGCAGCAAAUAAGAUUGUUGCUGACGCACAUGUAAAGGUGCAUAAAAAUAAGAAGAAAUAA